AUGAAUACAUUAAACCUCUCCGACGACCGGCAGCUGGCGGACUUGAUUGUGGGGAUGGUUCCACAGUCCGAGGGAGAGAAAUUAGCGGACGCAUUCUUGAGCGCUGGGUUAUAUCCGCCCAUCACAAAGCAAUCGCUGAGCGAACUCGACAUCCACAAUAUCAUCAAAAACAUCAAGCUGCGGCACGACGUCAAUUUUGAUCGCGAUUUAUCAUUCCGGCCGAAUCUGGAUGGCGCAAAGGGCCAGGAGAAGUUGAAGGCCGCGAAGAAAUACUGGAGCGCUCUUACCGCGGAACUUGAACUCUAUGCAUUCCUUUUCCAAGGGAGCGCUUCUCGUGACUUGAAGAGUGCACGGUGGUGCCCGCUUGCUGCUGCGAGUCAAAAGAGGAUACCUCUGAUGUUCGAGAGCAUCCAGGAGAUCCUCAGGAACUUGGUGCCGGAGCGGGAUCAAGCAAGAGUCGAGGAGAACCUAGAUGUGGCAAUGUUGAUGCAACGAGUCAAGAAGGGCGUCUGCGAUUUGGUGAAGCUGUCUGAAUGGUUAGCGCAUCUGCUCAAGGAGCAUUGCGCGCCAAUGCGGGACGAGUGGGUGGAUAAGAUGGUCGAUUCCACGAGAGUAGGGGCACAGACUCCGAGCUGGUCAUCCAUCGUCAAGGGGCUCCGGGAGCUGCUUGGAAUACUGGAAGCCAUGAAACUGGACGUUGCGAAUCAUCAAAUUAGGAACCUUCGCGCUCUGUUGAUCGAAGAUACCAUCAACUUCGAACAAAACUUCCACCUCUCAAGAAUAGAGCGUUGUCGGAUCAACGUCGAAGAGGCACAAGCGUGGUAUGCGUACGAAAGCCAAAGAUAUAAUCAGAUCAUGCCACCAAGCUUCCACCAGAAGACCCCACAGCGUGCACAAUUUGAGGUCUUUAUACGUGCCUUGCUCGGGCUUCUUCUCACAAAUGAUACUCGGAUCGAAAUACCGGAGACAUUCUACCUAGACCACGACCGAUUACGGACACUGAAAUCGGAACUCCACGACAUAGUGUAUUUCGACAUUUGCUACGAAAUAUUUGGCGAGCUACUGAACAUGAUAGAUCAUCGGGUGACGGUCUCUCCAAACGACAAACAGGCACUUCGGGAUUCCAUCUUCGCUGUAUUAGGGGAAGGAGCCUCCUUUAGCAGCCGACAUUGGUACAUGAACCGCGAGAACAUAUCAGUCGAGCUCGUCCGACACGCCCUCCAAAUCUGCGGAUACCCCCACACCUACGACGCCUACCUCGUACGAGAAGCAGACGAGAAGCUCCACCAAAUGCUCUUCUCGCACUGCCCCACAACAUUCUUCCCCCACGCCGCCCGUCUCGAGAGCAUUCUCCUACCCGAAAUCCUCGACUGUGCAACUAGCCACCUCCACGCGUCGCCAAUGGACCUCUUCAACUCUCUCGUCGCCCCCACUACGCCUCCCCCUCCUCCACCCCCUUCUUCGCAAGCGAGCCUCUCCGGGCGGCAGCUCGCAGGCGAUGACGCGGUCUCACCACCUGCCGACCGCAUCACAGACAUCGCACAACGGUUCACCCACAUCGCCGUGCUGCACUGGCGGAUAUGGGGCCCCAUCGUGUACGUUCGACCCGAAGAGCCCGAGCUGCUCUCCGCCAAUGAAGUAUGCGGGACUGCAGAGCUCUGCAUGAAGCGGCAGACUACGCCCGGGGACGCCAGACACACCCACGACGCAACCUGCACGCCCGCUUCGGGCACCGAGAGUACAUCUCCGACCUCCGAUCCUCGAACCGGCACGAGACCUCCGCUGGCCAGUCAGGCCCCGGGAGCUUCGACUCUAGACUGA